AUGUUUUCGUUUGCUAAGAAACUCGUAGACCGAUUGGAAGGCAACACAGGAUCAUCUGAUCCCGCAAGCGACUCGUAUUUCAAAAAUGCUUUGCAAUUGAACAACAAUGGCUAUGGACUCCGAGUGUUGAAUGUCGUGCCCCAUUCUAGUGCCCACCAGCAGGGAUUUGAGUCGUGGUUUGACUACAUUGUCCGGAUCAACAAUCAUGAGUUGCCUAUGUUGUAUCCCUCAUUGCUGAAUUAUAGUUAUAGCAUCAAUGAGGACGGUUCUGUCAAUUACGGAGGUAAUGCUACACUGGAACAAGUGGGAGCGGUGAAUUUUGAGCUUCUCUUGAAGGAAAUAGCCAACAUCUUCAAGACUGAAAAAUCAAUCAUUUUCGACGUCUGGAGUGCCAAAGGAGGCGUAUUAAGACAAGUCCUGUUGCCCCUUGAGGACUUUGUAGAAUCUCCUCAGGAAGAUCUAGACUCUUCAGUUCAAUCCCUAUUCAAAGACAAUUUCGCCAGAUUGGGCUUAACUUUGGAAUCUCAGCAUAUCACAUCUGCGGCCUAUGUAUGGAGAAUCUUGACUACACAUCAAGGCUCUCCUGCAUUCGUAUCACAAUUGGUGCCAUAUUCAGAUUACAUCAUUGGGUGUGAUUCUGCCUAUCCACUGGAUCCCGAUGGAAAAGGUCUUUUGGCCAGAGGUGGCGAAUCACUUUUAUCACGUGUAGUCUCUAACUACUAUAACCAGCAUUAUGCUGUUUCACAGGAAGACAAUGUUCCUAUUACAUUGUACGUCUAUAACCACGACUACGACAUCUUGAGGCCUGUCACAGUGAACCUCUCCAGGUCCUGGGGAACGGGUCAGAACAAAGGUAUACUUGGUUGCGAUGUGGGCUACGGUUUGCUCCACAGGAUUCCUGAAGUGAUAGGCAAGUUUGAGAAUAACGAAUUCACUGACGACGUCUUGUUUGAAAACGAGCAAAACGUCGCCUACCAAUUCUCUGAAAAGUCUCCUACCGGUCCUCCGGAAGCUACAUCUCUUCCUUCUGCUCCACCUCCAACUGCCGGUUCAUUCAUUCCUCUGACUGUCCUGUCAGCUCCUCCUCGUUCUACUGCUGCUAAGAAGAAGAAGCAUCCAGUAGCUAAUACCGCUGCUCUUGGAGGCUUGAGUGACUACAUGAACGAAGAGUUGGCCAAGUCUAAAGUAUUGGAUAGCCAGGCACGUACUGGUGCCAGCAGUGAUUCUUUACCCCCUCCACCACCAAAAGCUACUUAGUUUAUGUAAAUAUCAAUCUCGAAUAUCACAGUAU